UAUGUGUAUAGCAAGUGUUCACGCCGUAGAAGCGGGCUGAGGGCCUAGGAAAGUUGCUGCAGCUCAGCUGCCAACAGCUGCAAGGCCGUUUACAUCCACACAUGUCUGCACCUCGAAUUAAUAGCGCAACGAGGCUGCGCGAGAAGUUGUUGAGCGUCAAUGAGCUGGGCUAUGCGGACGAGCUGUUCCUUGCCCUGGAUCGGCACUGGGAGAAGCUGGGCUACCAUGCUGGAGCAUAUAAUAGCGACUAUGACGACGCAGUCCUGGCCGGCGCGGUGGCGGCGCACGUUAUUUCGGCUCAUGCGAUGGCUCGAGGUGGCGCCGACCAGCUUGCUGCUUGGAAUUGCUUCAUUAAAUCAGCACAUCUGCUGAUUAAACUGCCUACGGCAUGGCCACCUACGGCGCGUGUAGGCCUAGCGCUGCUGCGAGCCGAUGUGCUCAGCGCAUACGCGCGCAUCGCUGCCGCGGUCGGCCGGCAACAGCCCCGCGGUCUGUCCGCGGCGGACGGCAGCACCAACGGCAGCUCCAGCGGCAGCAGCAGCAGCAGCAGCAGCAAUGGUGAUGGCGGUGACAGCAACAGCAACCGUGGCAAGGGGGUGGGUGACAGAGGUGGCGAGGCGGGUUGCAGGGCCCCCGGCGAGACGCAAGCGCAGCUUGACUCCUACACGGUAAUGACCAGCACCGCGUUAUUUCACGAUCUGAUUGUUGCAGCCGACCAGACCUGUGGGUUUGCCGAGCUGCUGACCGCGCUCGAACGCACACAGCUGCUCGAGCACCAAGCCGGUGCCAUCCUGCGUCUGGCGUCAGCGCCGGCGUCGGCGUCGGCGGCAGGGCGGCAGGCGGCAGCGCAGACAGCAACAGCUGCCGCAGCGGCAGCAGACGCUACGUUCGCCGCCUUGGCAACGGAGGAAGGAGUUGCGCCCGGCGGGUCGCCGCAGCAGGCCGGCGGCACUUGCAGCAGCGGGGCCGAUCCCGCAGCUGCAGCCAUCCUUGCGGCGAGAUCAUUCACCGGGUUCGCCUCUGUGCUGGUGUGGCCUCCAAGUAACGGGCCCGUGAGUCUGGAACGCCUGGCGCCGCCGGCAACAGGGGCAGCGGCCGGGCCGCUGGCGGCGGCGGUGGCGGCACCUGCUGCUGCUGCCGGCGGCCGUAGCUGUGCUAGCAGCGGCCAUGGCAGUAGUAGUGGAUGCGUUGGUCAGGGCGGGAGCAGCAGCAGCAGUGCUAGCGAUGGCAGUAGCAGCGUGCGGCCCGCAGAACGUGAGGCCACGGCGGCGCCGUCGCCGUCGCCCGCUGCUGAUGAGAGGGCUGAGGCGUUCUUUCAGUCGGAGCUGCCGCGUGUGCGGUCGCUUCUGAGCGGUCCGUGUGUGCAGCUGCUGCUGGCCUGGGUUUGGGCCUGCGUGCAGCAGAGUGUGACGGCUACUCCCGUGGCAGGCGGCGCACAAACUGCCGCCGCCGGCAGCGGACCAGCCGCCGCCGCCGCCGCCACCGCCGCCGCCGCCGCCGGGGCUGCAUCUGCUGCGGCCGGGGGUGCACGCGGGGCGGCGGACCUGCUGGACUGGCGGCGGAGGCGGCGCAUAACACAGAACCUGACGUCCCCGCCGCUGCCGUUGCCACAGCCAAUGCGGCAGACGCUACGACUGCCGCGCGAGCUGCCAGUGAGGCCGCUGCCCGGUGACGCAGUACUGGGCGCCGAGGACGGCAGCGGCAUUGACGACAACCGGCAGCAGCUACUGAAGCAGGUGAUGCAGAUGGCGGUGGGGGUGAUAAAUGCCAUGCAAGUCACAGUCGGUGGCGGCGGCGCGCCCCGCCGCCGCCGCAGCGGGUUAGGCAGCAGCAGCCCGGCGGCCGCCGCGGCAGCUGUAGCGGCCUCCGACCUCGCCGCCACCGCGCCCCAGCAGCCGCAGCAGCCGCAGCAGCUACAGCCACAGCCGGCGGCGCCAAGUACGGCAAGGCGGAAUGACAGCGGUGGCGGCAGCGCGCGGGCCGCGACACCCGUCGCUGCCGCUACCCUUUCCGCGCGCCACGCCUACAGCCUCCUGCUCACGAUGCUUCACGACUUUGUUUCGGUGGCAGCGCCAGCGCCGCCGCUUCAGGGGCUGCUGAGCGUUGGGUCCCACGUGCUGCUCCGGCUGCUGACGGAGCUGCCGCCGCGCCAGGCAGCGGCGCGGCUGCCGGGGCUGUGGCAGCUCCUUGUGAGGCUGUUGCCCGUGGAGCCCGAGGAAGUCAUGUGCGAGGCAGUUGGAAGAGCGCUGCAGCUACAGACGCAGCCUGUGGGCCUUGAGGGCCUGGCAGCGCUGGGCCAUGCAGCAGCGCAGCUGCCGCAGCGGGCAGCAGUAGCAGCGGCGCCAGCUGCGCCGCAGCCGGCUGUUGCAGCCGCAGCUGCUGCCACAGUUCCUGCUGCCGUGGCAGCAGCAGCCGGCCCCAGCUACAGCCUGCGCUGCGCGCUGGACGCGGGGCUGCUGCCAGCGCUGGAGCGGGCGCUGCGCAACCCAGCGGCGUGGCCGCCCCCCAACCCCAGCGCCCGCCGCGAGGGCGACCCGCAGCUCAACGACCUGGUGCAUGCAGUGUUCCAGGGCUCGUGUGCCGUGCCGGCGCUGCUGGCACACGGAGACCUGGCGGACGCGGCGAGCCUGGUGGCGACCCUGGGCGCGGCGGCGCGAGCGGUCGCGGGCAUGCAGCCUCUGAAUCUUCUUGUGCUAAUCGAAACCGGCAUGACUGCCGUCACACUCCUGCUUUGUGUGCUGGAUCAGCUGUGCGCGGCUCUGGAUGCGCAGGUGGCUAAGCCGACACAGGCCACAUCCGCGUCGGCAUUGGCAUCUGCGUCAGUUCGAGCGGCGUCGGCGGUGGCAAUGGCUCCAUCCGCGGAAGGCUUGGCGCUCAUAGCGGCGCUGGGCGGCGCGCCGCCGCCAGGCUCGCCGGCAGCGGCGCAGCAGGCUCUGCUCGCGUCCUUCGCGCUGCAGCAGUGGCUUCCAGUCCUGAUUUCCAUGGUCGGCCACUUCCUUCGCGAUGUGUUGUUGCGUCAAGUGUCGGCAGCAGAACGCAAACUUCCGGACACGAAGGCCCUUGUGGUCACGCUGCUGCGCGCUCUGCGUCCUGCUACGCGCGUUAUGCUGGCGGUGGCGGCGGCGGCCGGCGAACCAAGCGGCGUGGAGGCGGCGGCGGCCAGCGGCAGAGACGUAGCGUCAAUCCACGCAGGGGAGGCGGCGGCUGCAGCCCAGCAGAGACGAAUGGACGCCUGGCGGCGCGUGAUGCUACAGCCCUGCGCCAGCGCCGUGCAGCGGCUCGUGGUGAUGAUGGUGUUGCUGGCACAGCAAGGCGAUGGUGGCGCUGCCGCAGCCGUCACGAUUCCCCCGAAGCUGGAGGCGGCAAUGUGGGACCUCAUCACUGCCUAUCUGGCGGUGUGCGGUCCGGAGCUUGAGCUGAUGAUGUUGCUUCAGCCGGUGCCGCCCGGGCCGGUGCAGCGGGCGGCGGGCGGUGCUGCUACUGCCGCAACAGGCGGCCGCCGUGACCGUGCUCGCGCCGACCGCGCCCGGCGUGGUGGCAGCAGCAACAGCAACAGCAGUGACAGCACCCGUCCCGCCGCCGCCACGCCACCAACACAGGAAACGUUGGUCGGCUCGUUGCUUGUAAUUGCAGCGCAGCGGCAGGGCAGCCGCCACGGCGCGUUACUCACAUAUCUGAACUCGGCGGGGCGGGCUCAGCUGCUGUUGCCCUCACAGACGGCGGCAGCGGCAGCAACUGAAGGGCCGGCUGCCGCUACUGCUCCCGCUGCUGCUGCAUCUAGCGGCCCUCGUGCUAUUGCUGAUGCUACCGCUGCUGCCGCUACCGCUGCUGCUGGUGAUGCUGCUGCUGGUGAUGUGGUUGCCGCGGGCGCGGAGGCGGCGCUGCAACUGCGGCGUGUGCUGCUGCGAGACCCGGCCUGGCAGCGGCGCUACGGACCGCCUAUGUCGUGGCUGCUGUCGCCUGUUGAGAUGGAGGUGCGGCUGCGGCGGGGCGGUGUGGUGCCGGGUGGCGGGGCCUGGUGCUGUGACGGCGAGGGGUGGCCCAUGGUGAGCGGCGGCGGCAUAGGUGGCAGCAGCGAUGGCGGAGGCAACAGUAGCGAUGCAGGGGCGGCAGCCGCCCAGGGCGCCAGCGGUGGUGACGACUGCGUCCUCCUGUGUGGCAACCCCGACUGCCGUAGCCUGGACGGCCCCAGUGCGUUGAUCCCGCCGGGCGGCGGCAAGCUGUGCAGCAGGUGCAAGGCGGUGCGGUAUUGCUGCGGCGCCUGCCAGCUGGCGCACUGGCGCGAGGGCGGGCACAGCGCGGCGUGUGCGCGGAUGGCGGCAGCGGUGGCGGCGGCACCUGCAGGUCCUGUGGCGGAUGUACAGGCGGGGCGGCGUAGCAGCCAGCGCAUGCUCUGAGUGCGUGCUUGGUUCACAUGUGCGAUAAGGUUUGCUCGGGGAGGAGGGGCCCAUGGAGGAGAUACGAUAGAACCCGGCUUCAAAUUUGACGCGCAACAGGACGAUCCGCCUGCUGUGUGUUGGGCUAGAUGGGCUGCUAAGCGGCCUGGACCUCGAAGAUGGGUUAUAUAUGAUGGAGCAAUAGGCAGGCGUUGUCUCGGCAUGGAUGUUUGGGGCCGGCGGUGCUGUGCUGUUUCCAGCGGUGCGUUGAUCCCGCCAGGCGUGGUGUGCAGCUUGCGGUGCUCGCAGCGGCGCAGGGCCGUUGUGAGCUGGCACGGAGACCCACGAUAGGUGGAUGAUCACGUGAUAGUAGGCCCAUGGCUUGAGUGACCGACGUGACAGCAGAUGCUGGAUUGCUGCACCGCGCAAGUGUAUGUACGUAGCUACUGCACAGUUGACGACACGACCCACAUCAGUGUUUCAGGCUUUCGGCGCCAGUAUUCAUACAGUAGGCAUUAGCUGCCACGGAU